UAUAUAGCUCAGUAGUAAUAUUAGGCAUCGAAGAACAUAUCUUUUUUUGAUGCGAUUAUAUUUUUAGAAACAACUAUUAUUCUCAUCUGAGAUAUUUACAAUGGAUAAAUUGUUAGUUCUUAGUGCUAUAUUCCUGCUUUUUGCCGUAGCGGAAAUUUCGGCACGUUGCUGUGGUCGUGGAAAACACGGCUAUUGCAAAGAUUGUUCUAAAACUAGCCUACUGGGCAAAAGAAAGUGCUGUGGCGGGGGUAGUGGAUACGGGUACGGAUGCAACGCAUUUUGCUGUAACUGUGGAUCAUGUAGAAGUGGAAGUCCAUCGAUUGAAUUUUAUUCUGGUUGGUUCAUACACAAAAAAUACUCUUGUAAGUCGAAAUUGGGUGACCAGGAGGUUCAUCUGAAUAAUCAGGAAGAUCUGAAAAAUACCUGGAACGUGUUUAACGAACUUGAUCAAGAUGAGGACGGCGUUAUAUCGCAAUCAGAGUUUCGUGAAGCAAUGGUUGCCAGAUUAUUGGACAACGAAUCUGGCCAAAUUGUUGCUUCCCAUAUUUUGGACUCCAACAAUGAAGAAGAUGUAUUGGCCUUUCUUGAUGCCGUUACCGAGCAAAACGAACAGAACUUGGAACAAAGCAAAGAUCUUGAUGAUCUUAUGAAGCAGGAAUUCCAGAAACUCGAUGCUGAUAACGACGGAAUGAUCCAAGCAUCUGAAUUUGACAAAGAUCUUAAAUAAACAGAAACAGAAGAUUUAUUGCAAAAUUAUUCAUAAUAUCUUUUUCGUUCUAAAAAUAACUAUUCGAAUUUAACUAUAAAUAUUUUCAACACCCUACCCUUUUCAUUGUCACCCUAGUUAGAACCCUGAUAACAUGAAUUAGAUUUAACCAUAUAAACAUCUGUGCAACGAUAAUCCUGUCAUGCUAUUAUAAAUAUUUAUAUUCAAGACUCUAUAUAGUAGCCUACAUAUAUAUACUAAUAGUUCCAGUUGAGGUUCUAAGUCUAAGAGAAUAUUUUUGUCUUAUUUAAUCAGAUCACUAGACACAAAUGAUGACUGAACAUGUUAACUUUGAGGUUUUGUAAUUAGAACUACAUUACAAGUAAUAAUAAAAUCCGCUUCUUUCGUGUUCGUGUUUCUUACAGAGUGAUCAAGGCGUUUUGGCUUUUUCGAUGUCUAUCGAUAUUUUAGUGUCUAUUAUUAAAAUUACAUGAAAUAAAAUAUUCUGGGUGCAACAA